CGCGAGAGGACGGUGGGAGGCGCCUGCUGGCUGUCUUUGGAUCCAGUACCACUGGACUCUCAGCGGGUGCUGCAGCUGGAGCGGUAGUCGGGGGUUGCAUCCUGGAGUCGGCCUUGUCGGGAGAGCCUGCAGGGGGACUACGGCAGACGCAGUCUUGAACCCUGGAACGCGCCCCUACCGCUAGCCAGGCUCGCCCGGGUUGCCGCGGCGCGUCCAGCCUCUGCGGCUGACAGGGGCCGCGCGCGCGCCUGUUGGUGGGGCCGCAGCAGCCGCACCUGCGCCCGCGGCCAGCGCGGGGUCCCGGCCGGGGGCAACCAAAACCCGCGAGCGGGUGCGGGCGCUGGCGCAGACGGGGACCUCGCAGGGCCACCUCCUCGCCCCGCGGUCGCCGCUGGAAGAUGUCUCAGGAGAGGCCCACGUUCUACCGGCAGGAGCUGAACAAGACAAUCUGGGAGGUGCCCGAGCGCUACCAGAACUUGUCCCCGGUGGGCUCCGGCGCCUAUGGCUCCGUGUGUGCUGCUUAUGACACAAAAACUGGGUUGCGUGUGGCAGUGAAGAAGCUAUCCAGACCAUUUCAGUCCAUCAUUCAUGCCAAAAGGACCUACAGAGAACUACGGUUACUUAAACAUAUGAAACAUGAAAAUGUGAUUGGACUGUUGGAUGUUUUUACACCUGCAAGGUCUCUGGAAGAGUUCAAUGAUGUGUAUCUGGUGACCCAUCUCAUGGGGGCAGAUCUGAAUAACAUUGUGAAAUGUCAGAAGCUUACGGAUGACCAUGUACAGUUCCUUAUCUACCAGAUUCUCCGAGGUCUAAAGUAUAUACAUUCAGCUGACAUAAUUCACAGGGACCUAAAACCUAGCAAUCUAGCUGUGAAUGAAGACUGUGAGCUGAAGAUCCUGGAUUUCGGACUGGCUCGGCAUACAGAUGAUGAAAUGACAGGCUAUGUGGCUACCAGGUGGUACAGGGCUCCUGAGAUCAUGCUGAAUUGGAUGCAUUACAACCAAACAGUUGAUAUUUGGUCAGUGGGCUGCAUAAUGGCUGAGCUGUUGACUGGAAGAACAUUGUUUCCGGGUACAGACCAUAUUAACCAACUUCAGCAGAUUAUGCGUCUGACGGGGACACCCCCUGCUUAUCUCAUUAACAGGAUGCCAAGCCAUGAGGCAAGAAACUACAUUCAGUCUUUGACCCAGAUGCCGAAGAUGAACUUUGCAAAUGUAUUUAUUGGUGCCAAUCCCCUGGCUGUUGACCUGCUGGAGAAGAUGCUUGUAUUGGACUCAGAUAAAAGGAUUACAGCAGCCCAAGCCCUUGCACAUGCCUAUUUUGCUCAGUAUCAUGAUCCUGAUGAUGAACCAGUGGCUGAUCCGUAUGAUCAGUCCUUUGAAAGCAGGGACCUCCUGAUAGAUGAGUGGAAAAGCCUGACCUAUGAUGAAGUCAUCAGCUUUGUGCCGCCACCCCUUGACCAAGAAGAGAUGGAGUCCUGAAAACCUGGUUUCUGUUCUAUUGAUCCCACUUCACUGUGAGGGGAAGGCCUUUUCAUGGGAACUCUCCAAAAAUCAUUCAAGUGCCUCUUGUUGCAAAGAUUUCCUCCAUGGUAGAAGGGGUUUAUUUGUGUAUGUGUGCGUGUGCGUUAGUGCGUAUGCAUGUGUGUGUCUGUCUUUGUGGGAGGGUGAGAACUAAGAAUGAACUAUGAUCACAGUGACUUCAGAUGGAGUUGCGGACGCUCAGCGGCUUGCUCUUCUUUGUGAGAGUCAGCUCAGGCAGACAAACUACCAUCUUAUCAGGGGUAUGUUAAAUGCAAAGUAAAAACUAUUAAAUGUCCCGGAUCCCAAUCAUGCUUUUGCCAUCUUGGCCUCUCCUGUGGCCCCACCUCGGUGGUAGGGGAUAGGCUUGACCACAUCCCACCGUGGCACAGAGGCAUGGCUCACAACUUCUGGCUGCUUCAGACCUGAAGCUGUCCCUCGGUGAUAUGUUCAGCCAAAAAGGACCAACUGGCUUCUGUGCACUAGUCCAUGAUUAACUUCCUUAGUAUGAUCCUCAGAACUUGACAGGUGUAUCUGAAACUAUAAAUAUGUUUGUGCCUUAAAAGGAGAGAAGAAAGUGUGAGUAGUUAAGAGAGUGCAGCAGAUGAUGUUCUGAGCCAGACAAGUAGAAACGGUUGUUGGACAGCCACUUGUGAACCCAUAAUAAGCAGGGAGCCUUCGGAGGCAGCCGUGUGUGCAUGUGUGAGCAUGCGUAUAUGUGUGUCUUUCUCUUUCUCCCUUACCCCCCAGGUGGUGUUGCCAUUUCUCUGCUUACCCCUCACCUUCAGUGCAGAGUAUUGGCCCCAAUAGUCAGAAGCAGGUUCUUGCUGUCAGUGUACUUUUUGUGUACCCUUUAAGAUUCCUAGCAGAGUGAGGAUGUGUUUGCACGCCUUGCUAUUUGAGCAUGCACAACUGCUUGUCCUGUUCUCUGGGGAGGCCCUGGUGCCAGGCAUGUUUGCCAGUGAAGACGUCUUGGGUAGUUCACAUGCCGUGUCACCUCAGCUGAUGUUAUGAACAUCCUCUUUUCAGCCCCCAGUGCUAUUUUGUGUUGAACACAAUUAAUACUUCAGGUGCUUUUGAUGUGAAAACCAUGAAGAAAUGAAACAGAUGGCUGUAUAACCUUUUAAUACUUGCCAUCCUGGUUUCCAACAAACUAUUUUUAGGGAGCUGUCAUGGAAGAGAUCAGGGCUUUUCCUAGGAAUAUCCCAGACUUUGGAAAACAAGUCGUUCUCUUCACUCCCAAUAACCAUUGCUAAGGAAUGCUGAAAAUCAAAGUGAAAAGUAAAAGCUCAUGAGGCCAGAAACUCCUUUUGCUGUCUUCUCUAAAUAUGGUUAUUAAAAAAAAAAAAAAAGUAACAAGAUGUCUUUCCACCCCUCUAUGGAAAAGGGUCUUUUUGGCAGCUUAACAUUGACAUCUUGGUUUUGGUUUGGGGAGAAAUAAAUUUUGUUUCAGAAUUUUGUAUAUUGCAGGAAUCUUGUGAGAAUAUGAUUCCUUUUGAUGGGGAGAAAGGGCAAAUUAUUUUACUAUUUUGUAUUUUCAACUUUUUAGAGAUGAAAUAUUCUCAGGGGUGGAGAAGAAUUGUUUUCAUAAUUUUCUGAAUUUCAGGCAUCUCGUGCUACAUAGGGGCCCAUAUAUUUAAGGCUUUUAUGUAAUAACAAAAGUAUAAAGCCGCUUCCAGAGUUGACUGUGUGGCAAAAUCUUGAAUUUCAGUGAAGGUAUUUCCAUUUCUCUAUCACAGUGUAGUGAUGUGUGCCCUCCAGAGGGGCCCUGAGCCAACUGGAGCAGGAAGGAGGCAGGCCAAUGGUGAUUACACCUCACUUGGGAUUCUCCCCGCCUUUAGAGGAAAGUGAACUCUAAGGCCUCAUCUCCUUUACACACAGUUCAAAUCCUCACUUGGAAAUGUAAUCCACAGCAAAAUGGAUUUUAUCAGCCAUGUUUGGUUGUAAAUGCUAGUGUGGUUUCCUACAGAAAUACUGCUCUGAAUAUUUUUAAAUAAAGGUCUUUGCACAUGUGACCACAUACGUGUUAGGAGGCUGCAUGCUUCAGGAGCCCGGACUCUAAACUGGAGCUUGUGGAAGAGCUCCUUGGUUUCUGAGCAUAAUGCUCCCGUCGCCUGAUUUCUCUGAACAGAAAACAAAAGAGAGAAUGAGGGAAACUGCUAUUUUAUUUGUAUUCAUGAACUUGGCUGUAAUCAGUUAUGCCAUAUAGGAUGUCAUAUAAUACCACUGGUUAAAAUAAAGCCUAUUUUUCAAA